CUAACCCACCAAUCCACUCUAUAAAUACCCCAGCAUCCCCCUCGCCGCUUCACCUCAAAUCAGUUGUGACAGUCUCUCUCUCUCAAGUUGUAACAAACCAUGGCCAAAUCUUACGUUCUUUCUCUUAGUCUUUGCCUCCUUUUCUUGUUUCAUGGCUGCCUAUCUACACAACAACAGAAACAGCACCAAGGCCAGACUCAGUCCCAACACCAGUUCCGAGGAGAACAAAGGCAAUGUCGAAUAGAUAACCUGGAUGCCCUCGAACCCACUCAUCAGAUCGAGGCCGAAGCUGGUCUUAUUGAGUAUUGGGAUGAAAAUAACGAGCAGUUCCAGUGUGCCGGCGUCACAGCUUGUCGUAUUACCGUCCAGCCCAAGGGCCUGUCCUUGCCAGCCUAUUACAAUUCACCCAAACUCAUCUACAUUGUCAAAGGUAAGGGAGUUCUAGGAUUACUAGUUCCUGGUUGCCCUGAAACAUUUCACUCUUUUGACCAUUCUCGGCAAUCUGAGGAUCAAGAAAGCCGACGCCCAAGUUCUAAGGAUCAAGAUAGCAGAAGUCAAGGACAUGAGGAUGUACACCAGAAGCUCAGACGUGUCAAGAAGGGAGACAUUAUUGCCAUUCCAAAUGGAGUUGCCUAUUGGUUCUUCAAUGACGGUGACACACCCGUUGUUGCUGUUGGCAUCGCUGACACAGGCAACAAUUUAAACCAGCUCGAUGAUAGAAUCAGAAAAUUCUAUCUUGCUGGUAAUGUACAAGAACAAGAACAGCAACACCACCACCACCAACAACAACAACAACAAAGAGGGUCUUCAUCAUCAGGACGUGAGAAGGCUGAAGAAGAGAGUUUUGGUAACAACAUAUUCAGUGGCUUUGAUGCUGAGUUAUUGGCUCAAGCUUUUGGUGUGGAGAAGGAGACAGUGAGAAAACUACAGGGUAAGAAUGACGAGAGGGGACGUAUCAUACAUGUUGAAGAGGGGCUUCAAGUGAUAAGAUCAAUAUCAAGUGAAGAGGAAGAGGAACAACAAGAACAGCAACGACAAAAUCAAAUGAAAGCAAAUGGUUUAGAGGAGUCCUUUUGCAACAUGAGGUUCAGACAAAACAUUGGAAAAGCCACAAGUGCUGAUGUAUACACCCCGUUUGGAGGACGUGUCACCAAUGUCAAUAGCCAAAGCCUCCCUAUUCUCAGUUUCCUCGACCUCAGUGCUGAGAGAGGAUAUCUCUAUAAGAAUUCUAUGAUGUCUCCUCAUUGGAACAUGAACGCACAUAGUGUGAUCUACGUUCUUAAUGGUGAAGCCCGGGUUCAAAUUGUUGCAAACUAUGGGCAAGCUGUCUUUGAUGGACAACUUCGUGAAGGUCAGAUUGUGAUCAUUCCACAAAACUUCGCCGUAGUGAAACAGGCAGCAGACAAUGGAUUUGAGUGGGUUUCAUUUAAAACUAGUGAUAAUGCAAUGAAAAGCCCACUUGCUGGAAGGGCAUCAGCUAUUCGAGCCAUGCCAGAGGAGGUCCUUGUUAACGUCUACCAGAUUUCUAAUGAGGAAGCAAAGAGGUUGAAGUUCAACAGAGACGAAUUGAUAGUCUUUGGACCAAGGUCCGAAUCUUACUGAAGCUUUUCUGUGAUGUAAAAUAAGUUCGUAUUAUCGACAUGAAGAUGGAUUAGGUUAGGAAUAACAAUGCCUUUAUAGGCAAAGAGAUAUAUGCUGCUUAACUUUGAAUUAUGAGUUUC